GUUGAACUUUGUAUGUACUGAACACCGGGCCGCUGGUCCGGCGCAGUGGCACCGGGAGCGCCCGCGCAUACCACCGUGACAUCCGGCCGUAGGCCUUGGCAGCUGCCACUGUAUCACGCCAGGAUAAAAUCUCACACAACACUGCCCACAUAACCCGAGUACAGAGAUGACCGGGCAUAUCGCCUCGUAUCGAGCGCCCGCGCGGUCCCGCGCUGAGGAAACUAAUCUGCAGCGGGGUUGAUAGGCCGACGGCUGACGGUUUCCGACCUCGUGCGAUAGUCAGAACCGCAACGCAGCUGUGUCGUUCAUAGAUCGUCUUCCCUGAACGACGGCAUUCGUGGAACUCACAUGACGGAGGAAGCUUACACGGUGUCCGGCAACUUGACGCCAACCCAGAUUGCUGCAAUCAAGCAGGCAACCUGGGACUUGUUGUCCAAGUGCCGGGAGUUUCUCGCGUCGUUGAUUCAGAUUGACACGACGAAUCCGCCAGGAAGGAAUUAUCCAGAAUGUGCACAGCUCAUUGGCAACACUCUCCAUGAACUCGGAUACGCCGUGGAGUAUGUAGAGGUGCCGCCAGACCAACUACCGGCCCUUGCGCCUGUGGGUCAGGGCCUUCAGCGUGUGAACGUGAUAGGCAGACUUUCCGGUACUCAAGGUAGAUCUGGGAAGACGCUGCACGCCAAUGGUCACUUCGACGUGGUACCGAUAGGAAUGCCCGAGAACUGGAAGUACCCGCCAUUCGGAGGCGAAGUGCAUAAUGGCCGAAUGUACGGACGCGGCACUGCGGACAUGAAGGGCGGUAUUGCUGCUCAGGUCUUCGCUGUAGAGGCUAUCCGCAAAGCGGGGCUGAAGCUGAAAGGGAACAUCGAACAAUCAGGGGUCGUCGACGAGGAGACGACAGGCGUCCACAACGCUGGAAUGGGCUAUCUCGUCGAUAACGGUUAUAUCCGAGCCGACAAGAUUGACGCCAUCGUCAUAACGGAACCUCUGAACACGACCAAUGUGUGCUGCGGACACCGCGGUACAAUAUGGGGCACAAUCACGUUCCGGGGCCGACUGUCUCAUGGCUCCAUGCCUGGGCUUGGUGUCAAUGCGCUGCAUCACGCAUGCUCGUUCGUGCAUCUCGCAACCACUACGAUCUCGCCUCAGCUAGCACCGCUCAGCGAUCCAAAUGUCAUCCCGCCGGCCGCGCGCGUCCCUUCUCUAGCGUUCACGAUACUGCAAGCCGGAGAGAACAUCAACUCCGUGCCCGACGUCGCCGCUGUGUCGUUUGACCGCCGUCUCGUCCCGGGGGAGACACUUGCGGGUGCGCGGCAGCAAAUAUUUGACGUGUUACAGUCUAUGAAGAAGACGCCGGGCUUCGAAGAGCUCGAGUACGAGUACAAGGAGGACUACCGCACCGAGGCUACCUGGAUCGACCCGAACCUCCCCAUCUCGCUCGUCUUCCGAGAUGCCAUCAAGGUAGUCACCGGUCAAGAAGCUGGGAUCGUCGUCUCGCCCGGCAGCGACGAUCAGCGAUUCCCCGUGCAUAGCCUCACGCCACCGAUAGAGUCCACCAUUGUGUAUGGUCCGGGAUACAUAUCCGAAGCCCAUAUCGCCGACGAAAGCAUAGACAUAGAGAACGAGCUCCGCGUUGGAAUGGAGGUCAUGGCUCUUGCCUUCGCGAGCUUCCUGGGGGCGGAGUAGAUAAAGAAUGUGUCAGACAGGCAGACCUCAGGCUACAACAGACGUUUGUAAUCUUAAUCAGCUCGCAUGUUUCGGCCUUG